CAGAGUGUAGAGGUAGUGCAAGUUCUUAGCUCAGCUUUCCAUCUACAGUAUAACUCUAAAUGUGAACACUUUUUUAUAUUACUGUAUACGAAAUGGAAUCUGAUCCUUUAUUGCAUAAACACUCGACGACGGGUGACUCUCUCUACGAGACACUGGGCAUACAGAAGGAUGCCACUACAGAACAGAUCAAGAAAACUUAUCGCAAGUUGGCACUCAAGUAUCAUCCAGACAAAAACCCAGAUAAUCCUGAUGCUGCAGAAAAGUUUAAGGAAGUUAAUCAUGCCCAUGGAAUUCUCAGUGACCCCACCAAGAGGAACAUCUAUGACAAUUAUGGUUCACUUGGAUUAUAUAUUGCUGAACAGUUUGGUGAAGAAAACGUUAACACAUACUUCCUUGUAAACUCGGGAUGGUGUAAGGCACUAUUCCUCUUCUGUGGCCUAAUAACAGGCUGCUACUUAUGUUGCUGUUUCUGUUGCUGCUGCAACUUCUGCUGUGGAAAGUGCAAACCUCGGCCCCCAGAUGAGACAGGAGACUAUCACAACCUCAAUACGGAUGCAGAGGACUUGCCCGACCAGCGAGAGGGGGUAAUAACCAAUCAACCAGGCCCAUCAAGUUCCAAAGAAGAAGUGAGUGAUGAAGAACUGGAGAAUGGAGGCAAAGCCAUGGGGGACCCCAGUCAACCCAUCACCUCACAACCUUCUACCAAUCCUUUCAGGAAACCAGAGAAUUCUGAGGAAAAGAAAGAUUCUCCAUCUUCUACUAACCCUUUCAGGCAGGAGGAGAUGUUCAACCAGAAUAAAGGCAAAUCAGCAUCUACCAACCCCUUCAGGACUCCAGGUGGACCAGGUGAGAGCAGUGCAGGAGCAGGCCAGCCUGUAUUUGCCAUGCCUCCACCACAGCCCACAUCUACUAAUCCAACCAAUCCUUUUGCCAUGGGUGGAUCAGCUAAUGAGAGCACUUCUCUUAAUAUAAGCAAUCAGCCAACCUAUACACCAGUUGCUGAGGAGAAGUAGUUGAUUUUCUAAAGCAUUUAGGAGAUUUGGACAGAAUGUCACAGAAUGCUUCUCCCAGUCAUGCUCAGUACUAGCAAGGAUCAGUCAGCCUCAGCAGGGUAACUGUGCAAGUGAGCAGUGGCUCACAACCUUGAGCCGUCACACUCUCCUGUAUAGAAGGUCAAGAUCGUGGAUGACGAUGCUACAUCCUUACUUGAAGGCAUAAUGUGUAUGGUAUAUGGUUUUUAGAGGUUUAAGAUCAGAUUUACCUCAGAUUUUCAUGAUAUAGAAAAUGUAAAAUGUUUAAGUAAUUUAUAUAAAUAGACUCCUAAAUAUUCAGUUUUUAUUCAUGUGUAUUUUUAUUAUGGUAAAAUCUUGCUCUUCAGUACUCUUAAUUGUUCAGGGAUGUGUGACUUUUAGGAAAUUGUGGGUUACUCAUAGGGAUUCUCAUGAGUUACGGAAUAAAUCACUGAUCUCUUUAAAGUUGGGAAUGGAUAAAAAUUCCUUGUAUGCCUUCCACCAACUUGCCCUAAAAUUUUUGUGACCGUGCUGUACUAGCCACUACUAUUACUUUUCACAAUAACUUCACUGGUUAAAGACCUGAGGAGCUUAUGUGAUGGUGUUUCAUCCAGUGUUUAUAAACUUAGACUUUUUACCCUGCUUCCGAAUUAGAUCUAGUCCCAAAAUGGGGUAUGUUUAAUACUGUAAUGUUUAUUUUUAAUUUCUAAGUGUGCAGUACAGUAUGUUUGUGUAUAACAGCAAAUCUAGUCCUGAAGAGUCUGGUUAUUAUUUAUUAUUUUCCAAGUAUGUGGAAGGCUUGCGCAAAACAGCAAGGUUUUACUGUGUUUUGUCAUUCUAAAUCUUGGUUGGUAUUGUAUUUUCUUAUUUUGAUCAUUGUCAGUAAUUAAUGCUGUUUUUAGGGUCUCAAGAUUGCAAAAAUAAUUAAUCAGGCAUAGAGAAGGAUCAAAUAGUAUUUAGAAACAUUCCACUUGUGUUGUCUGUGCUGUGUCCAGGAAUGUCAGCACCAGAACACUUUUUUGAAACUUUUAAUCAUUCAUCGGUGUUCAGUCUGAAACAGAAAGCAUUUUUUAUAUUAUUAUAUUUAUGAGAUUACAGUACAGUACACAUAAAGGCAACUAGCAUCAGAGGAAUUCUUUUUUCCUUGUCCUUCAUGUUUCAAGGGAAAUAGUGUAUUGUUCCAGUGCCUCUAUGAAAUGGAAAGAUUAGUAUAGUGUAUUUUUUGUACAGUGCAUUUGAUUUAUUUUGCACUAUCAGCAUAUAAAAUUUAAGUUUAACAGUGCCAAUUAGAGUUUUUUGUUUUAUAAACUUAUUUUAUUCUGUAUUUUUCCUUUAUGAGGUUUACUAAUUGUAAUUAAAAUAGAUGAGUAGUGUUGUAUGUACAGUAGAAUAUUUUUUCAGAUAUUAUUUAUUGCUUGAAUUAAUAUUUUCAUGUACUGUAAUGUGGAUGGAUUUCCAUUACCAAUAUUUAUUUAGCUGUAGCGUGCUGAAGUUAUUUUCCAGACCCUUUGUGUUAGGUGAUACACUGUAAUUUUUUUCUGAAUCAUAAAAUUUUGGCAACAUGGAGCUGGUUCUACAGUACAUUGGCUUUUUAUUAAUACACUUACCAUGUUUUUGAACAUCAUGGGGAUUCUUAGUGAAAUAUAUCCUUGAAUGAUGAUUGUUAUAGUAAGACCACUUAUUAGUUCUAGCACUUGGUUUAAAGUAUUAUUUUAAUGGAAUUGCAGUUACUGAAUAGUGAUAAAUGUUUAUAAUAAAGUUGGGUAGGAAAUGAUCUAGAACUGGUGUAUAUUUUUAUUUUUAGAGCACCAAGACCAAUAAGUACUUUGAGAAAUGAGUUGUGGAAGUUACUGUUAAGAAGUCAAAGUUUCUAGAUGUGAAGAGAAGUAUUAGAUAUUUAUUAACUACUGAAAAUGUUCUAUGGUUACAUAAAUUUUCUUUAUUAAGUUUCAUUUCAUGUUUCAAUAAGUAUUAUUUUCAGUGGAUAUCUGUAGAGUAUCAUUUUCAUUUAUAUGCAUUAAAGAGUCAUUCAUCUUGUGCGUCUUUUCUGUGUACGUGAUUUGCAUGUCCAUGUACAAACUGGAACUGAUACAUUGUAAGGAUGUUUGUGCAUCUCAUCUCACAGCUGUGGUUUGUGGAAGAUAAAGAGUCUUGGUGUUGAUAGUAAAUACAGUAUAAUGUUUAUGUUGGCAUGCUCAACACCCUGAUAGUUUACAUACAUCUCGUGCUAACUUGUGGAGCCUAAUCUAUUUAUCUUCCUCAUUAGAUGAUAUAUAUAUUGUAUAUGUACAUCUAAAAAUGAGAUACGUAUUUGAUUGUUAAUAUAUCUUACGUACUCGAAAAUUUAGAAGAAAACUUCUGUUUAUAAAUACUGUAUCUAGAAUUAGAUCCAUUCUAAUCAUUGUUAAUAUUUGAAAAUUGUUAUGGCUAGGAAGGUACAGUUGAGGAAAUAUGAAGGGGCUGUUGGGAAUUGAGACUGCAGAGUUGUCCAUAUAACAUGUUUGUCAUUUAAAGAAUGUAGACCUAUAGUGUAGAGGUGGUAUUUGAAAAUUUUGAGGAUGAUUGUAUAACAAUUUUUCAUCAAGACACACUCCAGUCAGCUAUGGUUUGACAUAUUUUGAGUUCUACAUUUAACUUGUUAUUAGUUCAACCACAGGUGCUUGGUGAGUGUUUUGGCAAAAUCUGAUAUCUAAUACACUAUUCUUACCUUAUAUUUUCAAAAUCCAUCUAAAUUUCUUCAAUGCUAGGAUUUCCUACCUGUUGUUAUUCUGUGUUGGUCUCAUUCCACAGCAAUAGGCUUUCUCUUGAAUUGUAAUGAAAUAACCACAAAGACUGUUCUCAUGUUGAUCUUCCUAUAUAAAAGAUUUUGCUUUUAUAUCAACUCUGAUUUUAAAUAUAUUUAUUUUCCAAUAGAUUUUACACCAAACCUGUAGAAGGAAUUUUAGAAGUUUGUUAUGUGUACUUUUAGGAGAUAUAGCAGCAUCACACGAGAGCAGACCUUGAGUGGAAUUAAAAUGUAUCUGUCGCCCACUUACACUCUGGUACAUUUAACAUCAGGGAUGUUGCUGUGAGAGAGAGAGUCAACACCACAGUGAUCCAUCAUGAUAUAAAUAGUAAACUUUUGCAUUCCUGAUAUCAUUAAGUCAUAAUUUGUAUUGGGUUCAGAAGAUGUAACUUGAACCCACAUAACACUUCCAGAUUCAUGUUCAAAUUGGCACUCUCAUGUCAAAAUUUAUGCUUAUUGUCCAUAAAACCAAAAGUAAAAAUAAAUGAAAAAUUUCUUUAAAUUUCCAUUUAGAUUUGGGUUGUUUGGAUGCUGGACAUUUUUCUGACCAGGACUGUACAUUUAUAUCACAGUGUGUCUUGUCCCUCUCAGUUCUCUUCUUGCACAUAUUACCAGUCAUGUAGAGUGGAAAGUAUAUUGAAAAUUUUAUACCCGCAUGAUUUUUUUAUUAUUUAUUCUUUCCGUCUUGUGAUUCUCAGUUAAAAAUAUAUUUAUCAUACUCAAAGAGUGGUUGGUUAAAACGGAAGCCUACAUUGUCCAUUGAGGAAACUUGAGAUUUUUUUCUGCAGUUUCCUUUUUGUAUCCAUCCAGUAAUUUAUUACAUUUAACAUCAAAACAGUUUCUCUAGGUUCUUCGUGAUCAUUAAACUUGAGUCUUUAUUUAUUACUACUCAUGUAGUGGACACAUUGCUCCUUAUCAUCUUGUAUCUGAUGCUAAAUUUUGUUUACAGUUCUUUCCACUAUUUAUGCACCUUGUAUUGUGUCAUCUGAGGAUGCUCGGGCAGGGCAAUAAAAAUAAUUUCCAGAAGUAAACUAUAUACUUGAAAAAUCAGAAUGUGGGUGUUCAAGUGAUUAAAAAGUUUCAUAUGUUAGUUUAUGUAUUUUGAUAUAAUUUAUAUAUAAUCAGUCUAUGGGAUAUGAUGCUGAUUAUGCAGCUUAUCUUUAUUACUUUACAUAUGACAGUGCUGUCAGGUAACUCCAGAAACAGAUCUGUCAGAAGCAAAACAUUGACUUUAUUCAUAACAUUGUCCUGCUCAAUCUCCCUCACUCUGUGUCUUAUCAAUUACUGGAAAAUUAUGAGGUGUCGUCAAUCCGUAGGCCUUGUAAAUACGAUAAAAGUUACUGUUGAUUAUGAUGAUACCCAAUAUGCAUGUACUGAAAGUGUAGAGAAUAUAAAGUCCCGCCAUUUCA